AAGACAAGGUUCAAUUGGUUAGUGGCGCUUGGCCUCGACAUAUUACUAAAUCAAGGCUGAAAGAAUAGCUUUUCUAUCGCAAAGGUACAAGUAAAGAUGGAAGUACCAAAUCUGAUGCAAUGAAAGCUGAGCUAGUAAUAAGUUAUUUUGUUGUAUUUUAUAUUGUCACGAUGAUCUUAAAACUGAAUGGAUUUAUCUCUAGCAAGUUUUUAAAGAAAAUUAUACCUACUUCGUUUUAUACAGGGUUGUCAGCUAUAUAAAAAAUGGUUGGGACGUCGAUUUCGCACCGAAGUGGCAGCGUCUAUUAGGAAGUAAACAAACCAAAUCUAUUGAUACAGCAGGCACUGCAUGUGAGUUUCCCAACACUGGACAAUGUCAAUGGAUCCCAUUACACAAUGCAAAGUGUCAUGUGCCCAGCUUCAAUAUGCAAAAUAUGGUUUCAUAAUUUAUUGAAAGAAAGGCAAAAGACAACGAAGCUAACAAGGACUACAAAAAUGUAAACAAUAAGACGUUCGGCCUAUUUAGAUACGGACACAUCCAAAACAUUGAGCUGGCAAGUGAUAAUGACAAAGUUCAUUUUAAAUGCAAUUGCCUCCCUGAAAUGAAGAAGGACUCUAUAUAUAAACUGAAGCUUUCGAUGCUUAAAAGUGUUGUUCAUGAGGGGGAAAUAGUAUUUUCUAGCUGUGUUUGCCCAGCUGGGAAAGGUCCUCUUGGAUAAUGUAAACAUAUUGCAGCUUUGUGUUAUGCUCUUGAAGAAUUUACUAGACUAAAGUGUAUGCCAGAAUUUGAAACAUGCACUUCAAGACUUCAAACAUGGAACCAACCAAGAAAAAGAAAACUUGACCCAGAAACAGUUUAUGAUAUUGAUUUCUCCAGGAAGAUUUAUAGGAAACAAAAGAAAAAAAUCCCAAGCCUUUGACUGGUCCAAGACGACCAAAUGAUCGAAAUGAUGAUUGCCAAAGUGUAAACAAAUAAUUUCUUAACAAGAUCAAGGAAGUGAUACCAAAUUGUGGAUUUGUUUGUUUACUAUCAGAUGAAAAGCUUGACCAAAAAGAAAGUACUGGUACUAUCAUUUUCCCCAUUAAGGAGCAUCCAGUAUCUUUGACUCAAAUCUUUAAUAGAGCAGAAAGAGUCAAGCGAAAUUUUAUUGUUGAUGAGCAAGAGUGAACGAAUAUUACAAAUGCAACGAAAAAGCAAAGUAAAUCUAAAGAAUGGUACCUACACAGGCAUGUUCGCAUUACUGCUUCUAAAAGUAAACGAGCCCUACUUAAACCUACUACAAGUCCAACCAAAGCAAUAAGAGAAAUUUUGCCCUACAAUGGUGAUUACCAAAGAACCAUGAUGAAACAAGGUCUGGAAGAUGAAAAAUCAAUUACAAAACACUAUGAGGAUAAGAUAGGAUGUAAAGUCAAUGAAACUGGCUUUAUUAUAUCUCGAAGUCACCCAUUCCUCGGUGCAACUCCAGAUGGGGACGUAGAUGGUGGACUUGUAGAAAUAAAGAGGAUCUUUUCAAAUGGUUUAACAUUGUGUGAUGCAGUUUGCAAGCGUAACAUAUGCAAACAAAGUAGUCAUGGGUUGGUUGUAAAUAAGAAUCACAAGUUUUAUUACCAAAUUCAACUUCAAAUGUUUUGUGCCGAAUGUAACUGGACUGAUCUUGUACUAUCAGAUCUAAAUGAUUUAAUUAUUUUGCAUUUCAAGAAAUACAAUCUCUUUCUUUCUAGUAUCAUCCCAAAGCUGGAGUUAUUCUAUGA